AUGGCAGCGACGAAGAAAUGGGAAUCGUGGGUGACCGUGUGGGCUCGGUGGGUUUUGAUGACGACUGCAGCUGUUUGCAUAGAUGGUGGCAUCCUGUGCUUCAUCCCCGGCUUCGGCUACCGCACGCCCUUCAUCACCCCCCCGUUCAUCCCCAAAUCCUUCUACAACACCCCCUUCUCCAUCCCCGGCAUCCUCGCCCUCGCCACGGGCGUCCUGCUACCCUGGCUCGAAUUCCGCACCUCCGCACCCGCCUGGGCGAAAGCUCUGUACUGCUUCAUCCACGUUCCUGUGUUUGCGAUCCAGUUCACGACUGUCCCGCCAGCGACGUUCUUGUUCUUGAGUGGGAUUGUUAUGGGGAUCGCAGCGCUGCAGAGACCGCCUAACUCGCCGUUAUUGGGCAAGGCGUGA